AUGCGGAAGGCCUUACACCUGAUGACCGCCGUCCUUCAAGGAAUUAGACCCUGCCUCCUCACUGACCAGACAAAGUGUGAACAGUUCAGCAUUACGUACAGUCUGCUGAUAGGGCGUGACAUUGACUCGGAUGAACCAGCGCAUUCGGCCAGCAACACCUUCAGUGUGACUUCGGCGAGCCCCAAGUGGAAAGUCUUUAAGAAAAUUGAAAAAAUUGGUCGCAAUGUACGCGACGGUAUCAUAAAAGCUGGACCAGCGGUGCAAGUGGUCGGGCAAGCAUCGCAAGUUUACAAACAAGGA